GAGAAGAAAAUUACAUAUUUCUUAAUUCGUUCCCCCUCUCGGCGUUUUGGGCACCGCUCGCUCUCGAGAGGGCACGUACGGCGAUUGAUUGGAGAACGAUCCAGCUUACGGUACCUUCCUCGUGUCACUGCCUCUCUUCUGCCACUCUUCGAGUUCUCAGCCAGAUUGUUCGAGCUCAGAUUUGUGAGAAUGGGAGAGGCAGAUAAUGGCCUAGCUCCAUCCAAGAAGAGAGUUGCUGGAAGACAGCUUACCAAGGAUGACCAUGAUCAACAAGAUGAUGAUACUCCUGACAUGGAGAUAGGCACUUUCAAAAAGGCCAGUGAGGAAGUCAUGGCUACCAGAAGAAUUGUGAAAGUUCGACGCAAUCAGCCAGCACCAGCUGAUUCAUCAAACCCUUUUGCUGGAAUCCGCCUAAUUGCUUCUUCGAAUGCCAGUACAGAAGCAAAGAACUCCGCUGAGUCUUCUAAAAUUGAUAACACUGCAGCACAACAAGAACAAGAUGAAUCUAAUGAGAACAGUGUUGUUGCAGAUGUUAAGGGAACUGAAAUUGCUGUUAAUUCUGACAACAUUGGGUGCACACAAGAGAAUGGUGAGAAACUGGAUAAAAUUUCUGAACCAUUAUCGGACACAGUUGACACUAAGAAGGGUCGUCCUGCUCUGGAGGAAGUCGAAUCUGAUGGAACCAGUAAAGCAGAAGGGAUUGACAGGGAGAAAAAAACUGAUGGUGAAUCUGUAAAAGAUGAUCAGCAGGAAGAAAACGUGAAGGAAGCUGAAGAGAUCCAGCAGGAAAACGGAGGGAAAGCUGAAAAUGCAGUUGAAGCAGGCAAUGAAGAAGUUGAGAAAAAUGAUCACAAAGAUGCAGCAGCACCUGCCGCUCCUCUGAGUUCGUUCCAGCAAUUAUCUAGCAGCCAAAAUGCCUUUUCAGGGCUCACUGGAACUGGAUUCUCAACUUCUUCUUUUGCCUUCAGUUCUUCUGUUUCAGGGCUUACAGGAACUGGAUUCUCAAGUUCUUUGUCCUUUGGAUCCUUAUCCAAGGAAGGAUUCUCAUUCGGAACAUCAGCUGGAGCUACUUUUUCUUUCAAAGAUGAUACAAAAUUUGGUCUCGGUACUGGGUCUACAAACUGGGUUUCUUCCUCUCCGUCACUCAGUGCUACACCAGAUACCUCUAAAAGUGUGAAACACUCAAUGCAAGAUGCCCCUCUAGAAACAGGUGAAGAAAAUGAGGAAGCAGUUUUCACAGGCGAUGCGAUAAUGUUCGAGUACAUGGAUGGUGGCUGGAAGGAAAGGGGGAAGGGAGAACUUAGACUGAAUGUCUCAGUAUCGGAUACAGAAAAGGCGAGGCUUGUGAUGAGGGCCAAGGGCAAUUUCAGACUUAUCUUGAAUGCAAGCCUUUACCCAGACAUGUCCCUCACCGGCAUGGACAAGAAAGGAAUCACCUUCGCCUGUGUUAACAGUGCGGCAGAUGGAAAAGAUGGCCUAACCACAGUGGCGGUCAAGUUCAAAGACAGUAGCAUCGUGCAAGAAUUUCGCGAAGCUGUGACGGCACAUAAAGCAAAGAAAGCCGAUACCUCAGAACCCACCCAAGAUGCUGAUUAAGCGAUCGGGGGUUUAGGUACAGAUCACAGAAAAGCAUUCCAUAUUCUUGGAAUCCGCACUGACUGUGUCUCACGCUUGCUGUCUUAGAACUCUUUUCGCUCAGUCUUGUUUAAGUCGUUAAACUGUUGCGUUAUUUUUCGUUAGACUGGCCACCUGGCUUGCUGAGUCUUGUCUUCCAGCAGAAACCCGAAAGAACAAUAUAGCUUCCCCUAUC